CAGUAGACUACAGCUGCUAGAAAUAUUUGGGGCCUGUCUGUGCGUUGGCAUGUGUGUGUGAGUCUGUUGCACGGUCGAGCUAAGGUGGAGAAACAGAUGUUUAAGGGCACAGCGACGUCCUCGGGGGAGUGUGUGCUGACAGAAGGCUGCUGGGAUAUGUAACGGGAAGAAGGAAAGUGAAAGUGUUUGGGAAGCAUUAAAACUGGGAGGUGUCACGCGUGCACAACAACAGCAGCUUCAGGCUGGGGAAGGAUGGACACCAGGCAUGAGGUUCCCUCCAGCAAGCGCUCUGAAGAUGCUGGCAGCCUUACCACUGCAGAAAUGGCAGAGUGUUUCAUCUGCAGAGAUGUGCGGCUAGCGGAGGGGCUGAGGAGAUUCUGUGACUGCAAGAACCUGCUGGCCCAUCACAGCUGCCUGCUCACCUGGGUCACAAAGGGGUUGAGUCGCGAGGAUCGACUGAGGUGCAGAGCUUGCAACAGUGAGUACGAGUGGAGGCGGAAAGCGCCGUGGUGGACCCUAGCCUCUCAGUGGCCCGUGGUGACCGUGGUGACCAUGGCGACGGCCUUGGCGGUCCUGGUGCCGUACGUGGUCCACCGCAUGCUGACGGCCUUCAAGGACCCACCCCCGCCGGCGCUCUUCAGGGCAGCUACCAUCUGCUUUGGGCUGCUCUCCGAGGCCCUGCUGGUCAGGUGCCUUUGCUGGUAUGUGUGCCGCCAGUACCGGCAGGCCGAGCAGAUUUCAUUCAGCCUUCAACCUCGGAGCCAGUGGGGAGGAGCAGGAGGCCACGACCACAGGGUUCAAAACUCACGGCCAGCGGGUGGAGGCAGGGUGGUGGAGGCAGCGGGCCACGGGGCUGCAGGAGCGGACGAGGGGCCGGUGUGGCAUUCCCCUCGGCCCCCCGUGGCUGUAGAGAAGCCAUCCCGCGGCGGGGAGGGGCAGACAGCUUGACUCACCAUGACUCGUUUAACUUCUGGACGGGACCGAGGCUUCCCCUGCUGCCCGGGCAUGACGUGAACACGGCAGUUAUGCCACGUGCUUCCAAGGUCCCGCACGCAAAGAGGAAGGAGCUUCUGGCUUUUGCCGUUUUACUUUCUUCCCUCGUGUUAGUCUUUGAAUCGGAUUUAUGCGGGACGCCUGGCCCCUGUCCGAAUAACGAUGGCAUAAUCCCGAGUUGCUUCUAUGGCGAGUCGCACACCUGGGUCGGCCGGGCAAAGUCUUGCUUGAUGUCAGUUCUGGCUUCGUUGGUUGAGUCGGGCGGGCUCUCUGAGGGAUAGCUUCCCCACCGGUCGUUUCAUGAUUAACAGAGACAACCACUGCUCUAAAGUGUGUGUGAGACAUUAUUUACCACCAGCUCCCUUUUGCCUAUAUGAAAGUCUUACAUUUAACAUUAAUGCUGCAUUGUGGAUAGCAUGUUUUAUCAAAAACUUUAGUGUAAUUUAGCUCAGUUCAUAAGUUCAUUGCAAACUAAUCAUUAUAUAUUUAUAUAUAUAUUUUAUAUAUCUACUGUUUCGUUGUAUAGUUUCCUUGGUUUAUUAGGACAAAGGUUUCCUAAAAACAGCAUUUUGUAUGCUUGUAUCUUCUUACAUUCCAGUGUUUAUAUACAGGGUAGAUUUGAGCUAUAUGAGCUAUACUUUAAAUAUUCUGUUCAUCAAAAAAUUAUUUUAAAAAAACCUGGUGAUCAGACUCUUCCAUGACAACAGUCCAUGACAACAGUUCAUGACAACAGUAAUGACAAUUUCAGUUUUGCUGUUGGCAGCAUUGUUCUGGACAUGCUACAAGCUGUUUAGACAUGUGUUUUCACUUUUGUGCUGUUACCAAUCUACCCCUCCACUCUCAUUUGCCUGUGGUAUUGUGAAAUAAAGUGAUUAUU